AUGCAACUGGCGAGUAACUCCGGUCCCCGCGGAGGUUCUGGUCAAGGCAAGGCCAAGAAAGCUGCCCGGACUCUUUUCCUGGUGGUGGGGACGUUCUGGAUCCUCUGCGGCCCUUAUUACGUCUUCAACACGUACGUCGCUCUGGCGCACCUGGCUCCCGACGCAUACAGCGAAGCCAUGGAGGAAGGGUUGAAGUUGCUGAAGGUCGCACUCGAGGAGCGGAGGAGCGUCGAGGUGACACUCAAGCAGCUGGAACAGACGCUGAACUACACCCUUCACAACGCUAGUCUUCCCUGUAGGAUUAGCUCUCAGGUGGGCGAGGAAAAGGCGCAGGUACUGGAGACUUUGGCUCAUCUCACAGAAUGGUUCCUCUAUGGGUCCCUCCUCAUCAACCCUUUCCUCUACGGACUCCUCAAUCGAGCCAUUCGGACGCAGCUCUUUCGGCUGAUGGAGAGCGCUUGGAAUGCCUGCUGGGGGUGCGGUCGCGACAACAAGGUCACGCCCUCAGAUGCCUAUGUGUCGGAGGAGGAGGAGGGUGAAGCAGAAGGUGUGGAGGAUGACCUGCCCGACCAAGAGAGCCUCGAAAAUAUCCUAGAGUUCCUUCAGAGGACUGCAGACAAAGGUCAAAUUGUCAAGGACAAGUCUGAUGGAGCCGCCACGAAACAUAUUGGAUGUUUCCAGCAACUGCCCCUCGAUACUGUGAAGGAGUAA